AGUUGUUAAAAGGUGGGGGAGUUGUUGGCAAAGUGUCGGGGUGUUUUGGGCUUCAUAGGUUUAAGCGCGGUUGAGUAACCUCGCAGGUCUUUCUCACCCGCCUCAAACCGGUUUCCGGCCCGGAAGCCUCGCCCGAGGGUUGUGGUACUCGGGGCUCCGACUCCUUCCCCGAGGUCCGUGUGACCCGCUGGUUGCCGGAGUCCCCUGCCCCUUCCCUGGAGUGAGGCCCCGUCCGGCUUCCCGGUGUCCCCGCAGAGCCCCACCAUGGGCAAUACGAGCAGCGAGCGGGCCGCGCUGGAGCGGCAGGGCGGCCACAAGACGCCGCGAAGGGACAGCUCGGGGGGCGCCAAGGACGGGGACAGGCCCAAGAUCCUGAUGGACAGUCCCGAGGACGCCGACCUCUUCCACUCCGAGGAAAUCAAGGCUCCAGAGAAGGAAGAAUUCCUGGCUUGGCGGCAUGAUCUGGAAGUGAAUGAUAAAGCCCCUGCCCAGGCUCGGCCAACAGUAUUUCGAUGGACGGGGGGCGGAAAGGAAGUUUACUUAUCUGGGUCCUUCAACAACUGGAGUAAACUUCCCCUCACAAGAAGCCACAAUAACUUUGUAGCCAUCCUGGACCUGCCUGAAGGAGAGCAUCAGUACAAGUUCUUUGUGGAUGGGCAAUGGACACAUGACCCUUCUGAGCCAAUAGUAACCAGCCAGCUUGGCACAGUUAACAACAUCAUUCAAGUGAAGAAAACUGACUUUGAAGUAUUUGAUGCUUUAAUGGUGGAUUCCCAAAAGUGCUCCGAUGUGUCUGAGCUGUCCAGCUCCCCACCAGGACCCUACCAUCAGGAGCCCUAUGUCUCAAAACCAGAAGAACGGUUUAAAGCCCCACCCAUUCUCCCUCCACAUCUGCUCCAGGUCAUCCUGAACAAGGACACGGGGAUUUCUUGUGAUCCAGCUUUGCUCCCUGAGCCCAACCACGUCAUGUUGAACCACCUUUACGCGCUCUCUAUCAAGGAUGGAGUGAUGGUGCUCAGCGCGACCCACCGAUACAAGAAAAAGUAUGUCACCACCUUGUUAUACAAGCCCAUAUGAAGAGCUGGGAGCCAGCGGUGGGCCCCAGGGAACAGUGUGCACCCCCAGGCUCCACAUGUGCAUGCUUUCCACUAGAGGGAAUGGACUGUAAAUUUUUCAUUUCACACUCUUUAUAAGACAUUUCAUACCCGCCAUAGUCCUGCUUGAAGGUUUGUUCCAGGCGUGGCAGCUCCUGAAGCGCCUCCCGUCUGUAACAGUCCUCUGGGCACCCAGUGGCUUUGAGCCUCAGGGCUCACCAGAGCUGAGAACAGAGUGAGGGUACACAGAAGGUCUGUGGCCUCCAUACCACGGUGCAUGGGGACAGGUGCAGUUCUUAACAGACAUCUUCUGAGCUGGUCAUGGAGAUGCUUCUUAAGCCAAAAAUGAACCCUAGCCACUUUGCUGGUAAAAUCCGGGAAGCAGGGACCAAGGCCACACAGAAUGUCUAAUCAUAUGUCUCUCUGAGGCCACCCACUUGUCCCUGUCGAGGCCUGGCUGUGGAGCUAACAGCAAGUACCGGUCCUCUGAAAUCAAAGCAAUAAGAUGGUCUCCUGUUCUCUGCUCCAGGGAGGUAUAAUUUCUAUAGAAAUUAGAACCUGUCUGAUUUCCAGAUGAAAUUUACAAUUGUUUCUUAGGCUUCUGUGCACUAAGUACUUUUGUUGUAAACCAGAGGUGGCUGACUCUAUGGUCUUAGGGCAAUUUUAAAAUCACCCCAACUAGAAUAUAGAUCAUGUGAACUGUAUUCAGCAAUAAUCUGUUUUUAGAGCAGACUCUGAAAACCGCUGCCGGAUUUCUCCAUGAAGCCGGAUGAUCCUGAGGACUGACCACUGUUAGCUGGAGGGUUGUCCAGCUUCUUACUCUAAUCGCAGUGAGGUGACAGUGUUACCAUGAACACUUCGGAGAAGCGCCCUACCCUAGCCUGUGCCGUCUUGCUCAGGGCCUCCAUCUCCACUUAGCAAUGAAGGUGGUAGAGUUGCUCUUGCUUAUUCUGGAAGGAACUUAGAACUUGACAGCAGCCUUCUAAAUUUGUGUCGAGAAGACAUCCUUUGGACCAAAGCAAACCUCUUUACACUCAUCGUGGUUUCCGGGGAGACGCUGCAGACAUGCCCAUUAGCACAAGUUCCUGUCCCUGAGUCGGCAGCAGCUGCUAUUGUUACACCCUGUGUUCCUGCUGGGAGAUGGAGGAACGAGCUCCCUGGUUUCCAGUAUUUAUUUGGUAAACCUGAGUCUGGGAUACCCUUUUUUUGUUACUGUUUUCCAAACACUGAAUUAUUGUCACCUUGACGUACAGGUUUCAAUAAAGCUUUGUAAAG